AUGAGGACCACUUGAUCUGGGAAGAAUCCAAGGUUCCAAUUUCGGAAACUUUUUUUACAGAUGUAACUGUCAAGGUCCUACCUUUCUUCAGAGCUUGUGCAUCUCCAUGAGCUGGCAUCCAUCUUGGUUUUCUGCAAAGCAUGGUGGGAACCUUUAUGCCUUCAGGCUUCUGCGGCUCCUCCUCAGAAGGGUGUGGUUGAGCACAAUUAAACCUGCUGUCUGCAAGUGUGCUCUGCACUUGUGUCCUGUAUGUUGCCCUGUUGCAAGCUCUUGUGUUGUUCCCAUUGCUCUCCUGGUAACCGACCCGGCUUUGACAAGACUAUUCUCUGUGUUAAACCCUUUACCUGACCUCCCGUUGCUG